AUGUGCAUAACGUGGAACCGAAGGAAUGCAAAGUGUUCGCGUGUGCGAAAAGUAACUGAACGCCGGAUCGUGCAUGCAAUUGAUCUUGUUCUGCCGCUCUUGGAGGUGUCUAUCCUGUCCAGCCUCGCGAGCAAGAGUCGACUUCAGUUACGACCCACGUACGGAUCGCGGGAGCCGCAAGACGCAAUGCCAUUGAUGUCGCUAACGCCGCUAACGCCGCUCGUGUGCCCGCAAUGCGGGCGAACGUACAAGAUGAAGCGCAACCUGAAGACCCAUAUGAAAUUCGAGUGCGGCGGCCAGAGGAACUUUAUGUGUCACUUGUGCCCGUCUAAGUACACGCAGAAUAUCAGUCUGCGUCGUCAUCUUUUACAGAGACACAAUCUCUAUAUGCCGCCAAAGUUCUCGGUACCUAAGCAGCCGCUGUCGGUUGCCACGCGGGGCUUCGUAGAUGAAACCCUCAAGAAUAAUGUGGUCUUCACUUGCCAUCAGUGCGGCAGAACGUAUCAAAUAAGACACAAUCUACUGAAACAUCUGAGAUACGAAUGCGGCGGGCAGAAGCACUUCGCAUGCUCGCUGUGUCCUUCUAGAUAUACCCAAAACGGCAAAUUGCGACAGCAUAUGCUGAACGCACACAACGUUAUCGUGCCCCCGCGAAAGAGUUUUUACGAGAGCUUCCAGCCUCCAGAAAAUCCUGCGGCCUACGGUCGAAAAGCUUACGCCACGCCCACGAAGAUCGCCAAAGUUAGAACGAGUGCGAGGUCUCCCGGCAACGCUGAAGAUCAGACACUCCAGUGUUCCGCCUGCGGGAAAAGGUACUCACUGAAGCACAACUUGGCAAGACACGUGCGCUUCGAGUGCGGCGGUCAACGCAGGUUCUCCUGUCACCUCUGCCCGAACAAAGCAACGUGCAAGAGGGCUCCGCGGGAAGAUGAUGCCGAGGACAAGUGGAGAAUUGGAAGAACCUGUGCCAAAAACGCAUCCCAAAGAUCGGAGUAUCAUCGGGUUGAAGAUAGACUAGACAUCAAACUCGCCAUGAAACUCGCGCAACAACCAGGUUUCUUGGGAUCCCGCUUUACGUGUCGGAAAUGUGGACGGGGCUACACGAUGCUCUGCAAUCUGCGCAGGCACAUGAAAUGGGAAUGCGGCGGAAAACGCUAUUUCCCGUGCUACUACUGCAGCAAAAGUUUCACCCAGAAAACGAGCCUACAACGGCACUUAACGGGGGUCCAUAAUAUCGACAUCGUCAAUGGGACAGAACCUAAUCUCAUGUUGUAGACCGUUUACCGUUAUAGAUACAUCCCAGAUCCUAAUCACGAUUCCUAAGAAACUAGAAGAUAUGUGAUCGACCAUGACUCUCCAGCUUAAAAUAAUCCAUCCGUUUGAUCCCUCCUUUUUCUCCCUUGACAAGUUAGUCAUUAAUCAAUGAUUAAUAGAUUCAAUCGUUGAAGACAGAUUAAGCGGCUCGAUGUCGCUUUAAGUGUGCAAUUGAGUUAUUCAGCCGAUCGUUCGAUCGAUCGGAUGAAAUUUUCGACGACGCGUCAAACUCCUUUUCGUGCCCUUUCUCGAGAAAUCGAGAGGUGUCGAAACGUGGUCGCGGGCUAGCGCGGAUCAGGUGUCGAUCGUUAAGACUCGCGUCUGGCGAUCUCGGUCAGCAGGGUGAGCUCACGACUAACACGACUGUCAUCUUCGUCUUC